GGAUGCGUAUCGAUUCCAAGCUUGUCUGCUGAGGGCUCGGUUUGAAGAACAUAAGAAUGAAAAAGAUAUGGUAAAGGCCACCAAACUGCUUAUGAAGGGUGAGGAAGAAUUUUGGGCUUACCAGCAUCCUCAGCCAUAUAUCUUCCCUGAUUCCCCUGGAGGCACUUCCUUUGAAAGAUAUGAGUGUUACAAGGUUCCCGAGUGGUGCUUAGACUACUGGCACCCCUCUGAGAAGGCGAUGUACCCUGAUUACUUUGCCAAGAGGGAGAAAUGGAAGAAACUGCGCUUGGAAAGUUGGGAUCGUGAGGUUCAGCAAUUGAAGGAGGAAACUCCACUUGAUGGUCCUAAGACUGAAGCUCUGCCUCCAGCCCGAAAAGAAGGUCAUUUGCCACCACUCUGGUGGCAUAUUGUCACUAGGCCCCGAGAGCGCCCCACAUAGUAACAUAAGCACACACUUUAAAUUUUCAAGUGUGUACAUUGAACAUGUAGAUACACAUAAACUUGACGUAAUAAAGUUACUAAACUGACA